AGGAGACUAACAUAAGGACACAACGCUAUCAGCCCCUAUAUAAACUUAUGGAAACACGAAUUCCAACAAAAAAUCGCAAAAUGGUCAGCAGUGUGGUUGCGUUUGUAUUUUCGCUAUUAAUUGUUGUGGGUUCGGCCGCGGACGGCGAAGAUAAAGACGCUAAAAUAAGGUUUUACAGAACGAUCGAUGACUUUGAAGAAAUACCGUUAAUUUCGUUGCAAAAUAUGUUUAAUUCAUCCUGGUACAACUCUACUAGGAGUACAAUUAUUUUCUGCCAUGGUUUUACAGGUUUCCCGACCGGUCCAGCGGUACUAGGCGUAAUGAGAGCGUAUCUGGAACAAGGUGAAAGUAACGUAGCACUUCUCAAUUGGGAGCAUUUGGCAGCAAACUCAUUGUCCACUAUUCCCAGCUCUUAUAUCAACUGGGCUGUGCCUAAUGCUCGGCAGUUAGGUGUAAGAUUGGCUGCGGCUCUGGGCAAACUGUCGGGCAUCGUGGACUUUAGCAGGCUGUAUUUAAUUGGGCAUUCUCUUGGAGCACACGUCUUUGGAAUUGCGGGAAACAAUUUAAGGCUUAAUGGAAUUCUUUUGCCGUGGAUUGUUGGAUUGGACCCAGCGGCUCUUGGAUUUGAAAAUAAAGCUCCUUCCAUGCGAUUGAACCCUGGCUCAGCUAAGCUAGUUACCGUGAUUCAUUCAGACCCAAGCAAAUAUGGAUCAAAGCAGCAACUCGGAACUGUUGACUUCUGGCCGAAUUACAAAGGAAUAGGACACGUCAGGCAGCCAGGGUGUGGAGACAAACCAUCUUCCGUGUUUUCACCAGAGGACCUCUGCAGUCAUCACAGAAGUUGGGAGUUGUUUAUUGACGCAAUAAAGCAUCCAGGGACAAUCAUCGGAUCACACGCCAGGAAUUUUAAAAUUUGGAAACGGUAUUCUCACGCCCAACGCGCCGCCACCACUAUGUCCAUUGAGACAUAUAAGAAAAAUGCGAUACCAGGAAACUAUUACCUCGUUACAAAUGCUCAAUCACCCUAUGGUUUAGGUGAAAAUGGAUUAUAAAUUAUUAAUUCAU